AUGACAACCUUGGGCUCUUGUGCGGCGGCAGACGUACUUGGGUCUUUUUGCCUGAGCGAAGAGGGGAGCGGCAGCGACGCCUUCGCUAUGAAGACGCGUGCUCGACGGAAAAGCACCGGGAAGAGCAGGGACGUCUGGGUUCUUAGAGGCAGCAAGCAAUGGAUAUCACGAGAAGCAGGCCUUUUCAUCGUGUUCGCCACAGUGGAUCCCGCUAAAGACCACAAGGGCAUAGCGGCCUUUCUUGUUAAGGCCGAGUCACCUGGAUUGCGAGUGGGUCCGCCGCUGCGGAAGCUGGGAAUAAAGGCUUCCUCUACUUGUCCUGUCCACCUGGAUGACGUUGACGUGUCUGAAGACUGCGUCGUGGGAAAAGUCGGAGAAGGCUACAAACUUGCGAUAUCUCUUCUGAACGAGGGGUGCAUAGGCAUCGCAGCGCAAAUGCUGGGCUUGGCAAAGGGAGCUUUUGACCUGGCUUUGGGGUAUAUUCACGAGAAAAAGCAAUUCGGACAGCGCCUUAGUGACUUCCAAGGAGUGAGGCUCCAGUGUGCCGAGGUAAGCGCGUCAUUAGAGAGCGCGCAAUUGCUGACGUACAAUGCUGCUGUUCUUCGGGAGACCGGGCGGCCGUUCGAGGAGGCGGCGAUGGCAAAGCUAGUCGCCGCGCGUGUGGCCCAAAAAGUCUCGAGUGCCAGCAUCGACUUGUUGGACGGCAAUGGAUUUGCACAAGACUACGGAGCUGAAAAACUGUAUAUAGACACCAAAAUAGGUACCAUUUACGAAGGAACCUCCAAUGUCCUGUUGGGAACUAUCUCCAAAGACCUCCAACGACAAUAUUCUUUCUUGGUGACCUGA